GGAGAGGCCUCCCCGGAGGAGGAUGGUCCCCGCCGUGGGGCUGCAGCUGCUGAGCCCGCCCUGUCCCCCGUCGACGUAGCAUACCUGUCAAGGCAGUUGCAGUAUGGAGCCUCCAUAAGUGCAAGCAGUAUAUCUCUGAAUGGCAGAUGCUGGAAAUAUACGAUAACAGGAGAGCCGUUGUCUUCUGGGCCGGCUUGUGAACUUGCUUCCGUCCUCUCACAGCUGUUGGGAACCAGUUGCUGGAUUGAGAAGAUCCUUCUCUCUCAAACCAUGCCAGAGAUGACCGAGAAAACUCCUCUGAAGAAGCCGCACCGAAAGAAAAACCGCGAGACGCACAAUGCAGUGGAGAGGCACCGGAAGAAGAAGAUCAAUGCUGGAAUAAACAGGAUCGGCGAGCUGAUUCCAUGCUCCCCAGCACUGAAACAGAGCAAGAUCAUGAUUCUUGAUCAAGCGUACAAAUACAUCAUGGAAAUGAAGAGGCAAAAUGACGAACUCCUGUUGAAUGGAGGGAACCGUGAGCAAGCAGAAGAAAUAAAAAAGCUCCGGGCGCAAUUGGACGACCUGCAGAAAGAAAACGGGCGCUACAUAGCAUUGUUGAAAGCCAACGACAUUUGCCUCUACGACGAUCCCACCAUCCACUGGAAAGGGAAUCUUAAAAAUGCAAAAGUUUCCGUUGUCAUCCCCAGCGACCAGGUGCAAAAAAAGAAAGGAAACCUCAGCAACGAGAAGGUCUCUGUGGUUAUCUCCGGCGAUCAGGUGCAGAAGAAUAUCAUUGUUUACUCCAAUGGGAGUCCUCUGGGUGGAAAUAGCCAGGGGGCAUCCGUCCAAGGAAUAACUUUUAACAUCGGUCAUACCUUACCAAAGCAAACAGCUAACGUUGUUCCUGUCCAGAGAACUUGCAAUCUCGUCACUCCUGUGACCCUUUCCGGCAUCUACUCUGCAGAAAUCAAGUCAAGAGUUGAGACUUCAGUUCCACCGUUGGCGUCGGGUCUACCAAAUCUAGCCAAGAAAAUCCUUGAGCCCUCUACCUCUGAGAACGAGGAGCGUGUGCUUGUAACUGCCAGUGCCGCCAGCUCUCAGAAUGCGUUAGAACCAGCAACGGUGUCCUCUGAACUGCAGAACUCACCACAAAGCGAGGAUGCCACCCCCGCACCUAAAAAUGGACAAGAGGGUUCCAGGUUACUCAAGGAAACAGCCGUGCCCAGCAUCAGUCUUUCCUCUCAGAAUAAUGCGGACGGAGCACGCCCUGAGCUGUCAGUAGUGACCCCUGAAGAACAUGCGAGAAAUCCAUCCCAGGAAAGCUGUGACGCUUCUGCACCUGAUCCCACUUGUAUCCCUUCUUCCGGGUUGUCCGUUGUCGACGGCUUUCCAUCUGGAGGCAUCUGCAGAAGUUCAGAUGGGAGAAGCGACAGCGGAGGGCCAGCAACGUCCGCUGUGGAAGCGGUGAAGGCCGUAACCGAUCUCAACCCAUUGCCUGCCACCACUUUAGAAAAGUGGCCGUUUCCCAGCUGUUCGGCCAUCGGUGCUUCAGGCUCCAAAAACAUGGAUAGCCUGUCACGCAUCACCUUGGCCGGGAACACCCAGACCACCUGGACUACUUUGCAACUUGCGGGGAAUACUGUUCAGCCUCUGAACCAUGCCCCGUCUGGCAUCAUGGCGGCCCUGUUAAACGAGCCAGUAAAUUCCACCAGUGCUUCAGGUUCCAUUCCCAACAGGGGUUUAGCCACCGGUGCCAAUCUAAGUAAUCUUCCGCCUGUGGAUGAACAGACACCUGAACAAAUUGUGGUCCCUUUGCCUUCCUGCCCGUCGUUACCUAAGCAGCCGCUAGUCACCAAGACACAAGUUCUAGCCCAGCUUGCCGGCAACCUUCUUCCAUUGAACCCAGCUAUGCAGGUGAUUCAGAUGGCCCAGCCGGUGGGUCCAGCCGUUGCCGCCUCCCCUGCCAAUCAAAACGUCAUCAUUCUCCAGCCUCCCAGUGCCAGCCCUUGCCCGUCCGUGUUGAGAGCCGAAGUCCCCAACCAAACCGUCAGUCAGCAGAUUGUAAUUAUACAAACAGCGAACCAGAACUCUCUCUCCCUCUUUUCUGCCCCGCCGCCUCCCCCGCCACCCAUUAGGGUGCCCGUGAACGGUGUCUCUCCUGCAGGAAGCACUAGCAACACGAUGCCAAGUGCUUCUGGCCCUCAUACGUUUGGUGGGAAGCAUCUGGUCCAUAUUUUACCCAGACCCUCCUCUUCCCCAGCUACUAGCUCGAUGCAAACGGUUUCCGUGGCAGUGUCCAACCACCAGCAGCUUCCGCAGACGGUUUCUCUGAACGGACAGGUGUUUGCGCUGAAGCCUGUCAAGUCCUCUUCUGGAAGUUCGGAUCAAGCCCCUAUGCAAAUUAUCCAGCCCACCACCAGUGAGGAUCCGAAUACCAACGUGGCCCUCAAUACAUUUGGCGCUUUAGCGAACCUCAAUCAGAGCAUAUCUCAGAUGGCCGGGCAGAGUUGCCUACAGCUGUCCAUCAAUCAGCCUACCAAUCCGACUGUUGCCAACAGUCAAGCUGCGUCGAGUAACUGUGUGGUGCUGGCAGCAACCACCUCUGCGCCCUCGACGACCGAGAACAGCCUCUUCACUAGCGUGUCGCACGCAGUGGACGACUCCCUGCAGAGAUCUUCUGGGGGUUUAGUGUCUAGUUUGGGCCCAAAGCGACCUAAUAAAAAACCGAGCUCUAAAAAAUGUUUAGCAGCCAGCAGCAACGCCUGCCGGACGAAUCCUUGCAGCAAAGAUUCCAAGAAGAUUGACAGAGGGGCUGCGGAGGCAACAGCCGAACCUUCAGGAAGCGACCUCUUGCUUGAAAAGAUGCCAGUCAGGGUGGUAUCGCAAAGCUUAGCUCUGCCGCAUGCCAGCAACAGGGGGGCACCGAGCAAUGCAAACUGUCCCGACUCUCACCCCGAAGAGAGAGUUGAUCCCGGUGUGGAAUCCGUUGCAGCACCUGAUCCGAAUGCAACUCUAGUGCCUAGAUCAUCACUUCCGGAGUCAACCUUGCCAGGGCAAUUCACGGUUGUGGUUCCAGAUCCUCAAGACGUUGCGUCUCCAUCUCUUCAAAUAGGUAGACCUCAGACUGAUAACUCGGCAACAAAUUCUCAGUUAGCUGAGCCACGCAAAUGCAUUUCCACCAGCCCCUCUACGUUUUCUGACUUGCCAGCGACGACGUUUCAGAUCUCUGGGGUGACUGUAACAACCAACGGGACAUCUGUUGGGAGCGUUCCCAGGGCACAGGCUGCGGAGGACUGCAGGGCCAGGCAAGAGUGCUCUAUGGCAAUCCAAGCCGCAGAUUUGUUGGAAGGUCCAGGUCUUACCAAGAUGUUGUCCGAGCUCAGUAAAGAACGGGAAGCUGUACAAAAAACCUUCCCGGUCCAAGUGGCAACCUCUAAUUUUCCUGCCCAGAGGGCCAAACCAGUCAUAGAUUCCAAUGAUGAUUUGGUGGGGAAGCAGGAGGAGCUCUUGCUGAUGAACACUGAAGGGGAAACUCUUACCCAGUCUCAUUCCUGCUCCUCUGAACCAGAGGGAGUAAGUAGCUCUUUGAUUGCCAAUAGGCAAGCUGACUCCCCCAUGUCAACCAGCUCGGGUAGCAGCUGCGGCUUUUCCGUGGCAUCCAUGUUGCCGGACACAUGUCGGGAGAACGUUCCCAGCAGCACUUCUGUGAAUACGUGCAACAGCUGCACGUUUUCUGAGCAAACAGAUAUUGUUGCUCUAGCGGCCAGAGCCAUUUUUGAUCAAGAGACCCUUGUGAAGGGUGCAGGAGCUGUGACCCAGGGUACCGCCUCCAAGGGCGAGGACGCAUCAUCUCUAAGAAGAGAGCAGUCUUUCAAGUCGCAUGCAGCGAAAGACGCCACCCAGAUCGAAACGGUGCCGGGUAAUUUUGGUGCCCCGAAUCCGGCACAGAUGAACAUGGAUAGGUCAGCUGAGAAACACAGCUGUUCCGUGAGGGUGGAAAUGCCCAGCACGGAUUUGCUGGCCCCCCAGUCUUCGAGUGCCUCGAGCUUGAGUGUCAACAACCUUAUCCAUCAAAGCUGCAUCAUCCACCCAGCUGUGAGCUGCUCGGGUUUACCUUUGCCUUCCGAUCAAGCAACCGUCCCCACACCAGGGACUCCCUCAGUGCCUGCAGCUUCAUACCUGAGCCAGUCUCCAGGACGGUCUCCGGCCCUCCUCGCAGAAUACGCCCCGGAACAUCUGUCCACCCUCCGAACCAGCACCAUGCAGGCCCCUCCUCAGAUGCGCGAGCCGCACUUAAAGCAGCCGAGCCAGGAGAGCCGCAAAGAUUCGGCUAAGCGGGCAGUUCAGGACGAUCACCUGCUCUCUGCUCCGAAAAGACAGAAGCAGUGCCCAGCAGCGCCUCUGCGGCUUGAAGGCAUGGCCUUGCUUAACCAAGCUGCUGACGACAUCUCCAACCAGACGCAAAUCCUUGUCGGUCAGAUCCCCCCCAAUUCUUCCAAUUCAGCCAUGUCGGUCAGUAGUCAAGGCCACGUUGACAUUGGUCAACGUGGCAGGUUGUUCCCCACCGGCAAUUUUGGGCCUCCAGCACUGCGGCAAGCCGAAGUUCAGUGUAACCCUCAGGUUUCUGUCUCGGACCAGCCAGGUCAAGCCGGACAGCAGCACUUGUCCUCUUUGCAGCAUGCCCCUGCUCAAGGAAUGAGUCACCUUCAUAGCAACCACCUGUACCUAAAGCAGCAGCAGCAGCAGCAACAACAACAACAGGCAGGGCAGCUGAGAGACAGGCAUCACCUAUACCAGCUCCAGCAUCACCUCCCUCACACAGAGACCUCUCUGCACUCUCAAGCCCACAGCGUCCACCAGCAAAGAGUGAUGCAUCAAGAGGCACAGAUGCAAAAGAAGCGGAGCCUGAUCCAAGCAGCUCAGCCCGCCCCACUCAGUUUGCAGCAGAAGCAUCACGUGAGCGAGCAGGCGCGGCAGAAGAGCAGCCAGCCCCACCCUCACCACUCCCAGAUCCAGCAGAUGCAGCAGCACUUCGUGCCGUCCCAGCCAGAGAAGAGUUGUGAGAAUCCCACAGUGGGUCGGAGCCACCACAGCCAUCCUCAGAGCCGUCUGAACCCAGAUGUUCUGCACCAGCAACAGCAGCAACAGCAGCCAGAUGUGGGCAACAGGCAGCCAGGCUCAGGAGUGUCUUCUGAACACGUGGUGGGGCACAGUCAGAUGCAGAGACUGAUGACCUCCAGGGCUUUGGAGCAGCAGAUGGUGUCCCAGGCCAGUAUUGUCACCAGGCCGUCAGAUAUGACUUGUGCCUCUCACAGGCAAGAAAGAAACCGAGUUAGCAGUUACUCGGCAGAGGCGCUAAUUGGGAAAUCCCCCUCUAAUUCUGAGCAGAGAAUAGGAAUAUCCAUUCAGAGCUCAAGGAUUCCAGAUCAGCUUGAAAUGAGGAAUUACCUUGAUGUGUCCAGGAAUAAAAACUUGGCAAUUCAUAACAUGCAAGGCCGGAUGUCCAUAGACCAUACUGUUGGGCCGGACAUCCAAAGGCUGUCCGAGUGCCAGACAUUCAAGCCAAGUGGAACUAACCAGCAGCCCAGCGGUAACUUUGACGUGCAGUCCUCAAGGAACAGUGACAUAGGAAAUCCAAUGUCAUCCCUCAGGGGUAUGCAGACACAAGCUUUCCGAAUCGCUCAAAAUGCUGGAGCUCCUAUAGAUAGGCAGAAAAGGUUAUCCUAUCCACCAGUUCAAGGGAUUUCAACAGGCAAUCCUCUUCCUUCCUCCCGCGACAAUGACAAUACUUGCCACCAAAGCUUCAUGCAGAGUUUACUUGCCCCUCAUCUUGGCGACCAAUCAGGUGGAAGCCAACGAUCCGUUUCGGAACAUCAGAGAAAUCCACAGUGUGGCGCUUCUUCCAUCGUUGAGUAUAACUGUCCUCCGGCGAGGGAGAACAUCCAUCUUCGAAGGGACGGUGAAGGUCAGAAUAGGGAAAGCUGCGACAUGUCUCUCGGUACUAUUAAUAACAGGAGCAAUUCGUUGAAUAUUCCCUUUUCGAGCUCUUCGUCUUCUGGAGAUAUCCAGGGCCGCAACACGAGCCCCAGCGUUUCGCUUCAGAAGACGAAUCCCAUGCGAAUGACAGAGAGCCACGGAAGCAAAGGUCCCAUGAAUGCGCCCGUCUCGAGCAACGUGCACGGGGUCGUCCGGCCAGCCCUUCCCCACCCGCCGGUCUCUCGUGGGAACGCCGAGCAAGUCCAGCCGUCGGCUCGUCAGCCGAACUCUUCCGUCACCCAGCGCUCGAGGCACCCGCUGCAGGAUAACGGGGGCUCUAAAAUCCGCCAACCAGAAAGGAAUCGGUCUGGAAAUCAGAGACAGGGGAAUGCAUUUGACCCUACCCUUCCCCACCUUCCUUUGUCUGCUGGUGGCGGUAUGAUCCUUGGGCGACAGCAGCCUACUCUGGAGAAAAGAGGCGGCAUUGUGCGAUUCAUGCCUGACGGCCCUCAGGUGUCUAAUGAUAGUACGGCCCCGGAUCAGCACAGUUUGUCUCAAAAUUUUGGAUUCCCUUUUAUCCCGGAGGCUGGAAUGAACCCACCAAUAAAUGCCAACGCAUCGUUCAUACCGCCAGUGACCCAGCCCAGCGCGACUCGAACGCCAGCCCUGAUUCCCGUGGACCCCCAGAAUACACUACCAUCCUUUUACCCCCCGUAUUCUCCUGCUCAUCCCCCCCUGUCCAAUGAUAUUUCAAUUCCUUAUUUCCCCAAUCAGAUGUUUCCUAAUCCAGGCACAGAGAAAACCAACGGCGGAGGUCUAAACAAUCGGUUUGGCUCUAUUUUGUCUCCCCCCAGACCUGUUGGCUUUGCUCAGCCAAGUUUCCCUCUCCUGACAGACAUCCCCCCGAUGCACAUGGCCAAUUCGUCACACUUGUCCAACUUCAAUUUGACUUCUUUGUUCCCAGAGAUUGCUACGGCUCUUCCUCCGGACGGUUCGGCCAUCUCACCUCUGCUCUCGAUAGCCAACUCUUCUGCCUCUGAUUCUUCCAAACAACCAUCAAACCGGCCUGCUCAUAAUAUAAGCCAUAUUUUGGGUCAUGACGGCAGCUCAGCUGUAUGAAAAGUAGUGGACUGGGAGCUGGGUUGACGGGUGGGCUUCUUGUACAUUUGACGUACUUGCGUGUGUACGUGCAUACGGAUAUGCAUGGGUUUGGGAUUUCCGUUCCCUGAAGACUCCGCUUACAGCACCACUGUUUGUUUGUGGGAAAUGUGUGUAAGUAGGCAGGUGCUUCUGUAUUUUGACACACCCAUGUUGCCAACUAAAAGCAUCAGUGCCUGUUUCCGUGCUUACAAGUCCGAGUGAGAAUACGAUGCCUGUAUUUGUUUCAAUAGCUUACACUGAUCUGAUCGUUCCAGAUUCUCUCCUAGUGCCAAGAUCGGUCCUGGGCAGGAUGGGUUCCAGGGAAAGAAAGUCUUCAGAUUUCAUUUAUAACACCUGGGACAGGAGCUUUAGAUCCAAGGUUUGGAUCUGUAGAGGCCUAAAGAUCUGUAAAGACUUCAAGUUGCCUCUCCAGGGCGGAACAAGUUUUCUGAGUCUAUGGUUGAGAUCAUUUUGAUCUUCCUACUCUUUUUUUCUUUUGGUAUUAAAACACAUUAUCAGUUGAGGGUAUGGCUGACUACAGCCGAGCUCAAUUUCACACUAAGCUUCUAAAGAGGAACAUGGGGAAGGGAAAGGGCAGAUGAAAAAUGUUACUUCCCUUCCCUUCGUAAACAUUUAUUUUUAAUGCUCUCUAUCAAGGGCUUUAAACAUUUAUAAUGCCACCAGUUCUAGUUGUUGUUGUUGUUUUAAUUAAUUUAUUACACUUUAGUGGUAGUUCUUGUUCCCCCUCCUACCCCCAGCCUGGCAUUUUCAUUCUUGCUGUCACCGGCUUGUAAGCCAUGAGCAUUCUCAGGGUCUCUUUUCUGUAUCUUGCUUAGCACCUUCUCAAGGUGAGUUCUUUUUCCUCCUUUUAUAUCCUUAUACAAAAAGUUUUUCCUUUUUCUUCCCCUCUCCAGAUAGUCCUUUCCUCUUGCCAUGUAUACUAAGCAAGUUUUCUUUUUUUCAGGGCCAACAGAAGGCCGAUGCAAAACAGGUGCAGAGUGCUAACGGGAGCAUCCUCUGUCGCACUUCAGUAGCGCGCUUUCCCUGCAAGCCGGCGCACUGGGUUUGAGCACUUAAAGGAGGAUAUAAAAUGUCAGUGAUUGGUUUCAACUAGGGGUGUCCAACUCUGGUGCCCCAGAUGUUCAUGGACUGCAAUUCCCAUUUGGCCAUGCUGGCAGGGACUGAUGGGAAUCGUAGCCCAGGAACAUCUGGGGCACCAGAAUUGGACACCCCUGGUUUAAAACAACAAAUGAGUUGGCAGUAUAAUUAAUAGAAGAUGCGGGAAAUGACGCACGCUUAGAGUUUAUGUGAGCAAGUGGCCAUUCUGGAUCGCGCCCCUCUGGGUUGUUCAAAACAAGCAGUUGUUGGGAUAGCCAGAACCUGUAUUUGUGUGGUGGUGCUCUGGUUCUCAUUUACACUGAUGCCUUUUUCUUUUUGGGGGGGUGGGGAGAGGCACGCAGUCAGCUUGGAAAGCAGGUAGGUGACAUUUUGCAAACGUGCAGAAAUGCAAAAUGGAUUUCUGUAGGUCACUGCUGAUUCGGCAGUGAUGUCUUCACGAGUUCCAGAUGUGUUGGGGGCCUCAUGUCCCAGGAAGAGUCUCAGAGGCCCAUCUGUGAGAGGAGGUCUGGUUUCAUGUAAGGCAGGGGUCUUCAAACUAUGGCCCUCCAGAUGUUCAUGGACUACAAUUCCCAUCAACCCCUGCCAGCAUGGCCAAAUGGUAGGGCUCAUGGGAAUUGUAGUCUGUGAACAUCUGGAGGGCCAUAGUUUGAAGACCCCUGAUGUAAGGUUAUAAACUUGUCCACCAAGAGUGCUUUACCCCGCUUGUGCUUCGCUCACCUUUUGGAAACUGGGCCUGGAAAAUGCUGGUUUCUGAACGGCCACGUGAUGCCUAUGCUUCCCAUCACCAAGCUUGGGAGUUCGUGCGCGGGGUUACCCCGGGGCCACGCGGCUGCCAGCGGUUCCCUUGGCUUGUGCCAAUGGUGGCGACCUACGGCACUCCAGAUGUUCAUGGACUACAAAUCCCAUCAGCCAAUUGGCCAUGCUGGCAGGGGCUGAUGGGAAUUGUAGUCCAUGAACAUCUGGAGUGCCGUAGGUUCGCCACCAUGGGCUUAUGCUGAGCAUGCUGCAGGAGGAAAAACUUUUCUCUCUUGUGCUCCAUCUGUUCCAUGUAAAUGUGUUUCCACAAGUCCCAGGAAUUCUCCUAGGGAUUCUUAUCUGUUGAACCGCUGUACGUUCAUAAUAGAGGCCUGUUCUUGGUGUGAGCAUUCUUGCCCUUCAGAACCAAGAAGGGGCAUCUGAUCUCCCCGCUGGAAUUUAGAUUAAUCCCAGAGAAAUUUUAAAAAUAUAUAUCUGUACACUUUGAUUCUGUAUCAUUUUCACUCGCAGCUACAGGAAGCCCUGUGGCUUAGGCGUGUUGUUGCGCAAUGGAACGGAGGCCGUGGCUUUUCCAUGUUUUGAAUUGUCCAGGUGAAAACGGACAGCAGGUGCAGUGAACCAGGAUGAAUGCCCAAGUUGCUUUUGUGUCCUUUUCUGCAGUUUUCCUGCUCUGCCUUUUUGGAAGAGUGCAAGUUUGCGUUGGAAUUAGCAUUUUCCUCCUUUGCAAAAUGCCCGAAAGGAAAAAAUAAUACCCACACUUCAAAUUUCACAGAUACUGAAAAGUUCCAUUUUCACUCUGUCUUGGUGACUGAAGGUAGCUCCUUCCUUCCUCUGCUGGAGGGCAGGAAAGUUGUUUUGCAUGUGAUCUACUUGAUGACUCUGUGAAUCGGCUUCCCAUUUGCCUUCUCUUAGGGUUUGAAAGAAUCCUAUUCUGUUCCUUUUUGACACACACACAAGAGUUUAGCGCUCAUUUAAAACAAUGCUUAAAAGACAAACUCCUUUGAACUGCCGUAAACUGCGGUGUGGUAAAUUAUUUCUGUUUAAAGGUUGAUCUUGUCCUUAAGAUCCUGGGAAUGCUGAGAAAAUUCCUCACAAACUGGUGAUGUGGCUAUUGGCUAAUAGAUGAAUGGGAAAUGGUUGGAAAGACGUCUGUUAAAAAACCGAUCUGCCAUGGGUUCUUUCAGGCCCAUUUUGAUGUGCCCUCAGUUUUCAUCUUCAUCGCUGUAUUUACCUCUUCAGUUAUCAUGAUCAGAAGAUCAAAGCUGGACAGGUGUGUUUCGUGUUCAGGCGCACCAGGUCUCUUACAGCAGAUUCAGGAAUGAGACUGCUUGGGACAAAUUGGAUAACAGUCACUGAUUGGCCACUGUUUGGGGCUCUGUGCAUUGUUAAACCUUCUGAAAUCAUUCGCUGAAAUUCAGUAGGACUUGACUUGCCUCAUUCGUGGAAGAGUCUGCCUGCAGGAGAGAUCCUCUUGAUUCCUCACUAGGCCUCCUAUUGGCUGAGAAGGUUUCCUUUUCCAUCACUCAACAGUUUCCCAGCUUCCGAAUCCUACGCUGGGUCUCCAGCUUUAGGACGGUAACCAGAAUCAAGGGUCAUACACUUUCCUUCUCAACCAUGGCUUCAGAUCUCUGGGGGACUUGCUGAGGUUUGGCGCAGGAAGCAUUAAGCUGUCCUUGUUGUCUAAACUCACAUGUCUGGGUGCCAAGAAAGGGGAGGCAUUUGUAAAGUUUGAUGCUUCCAGAUUGCGUUGGGUGUGCAUGUGUUGCGUUAGUUGUCUCUGCUAGCUACAAGCAACCAAGUCUUGGUAGCAAUAUGCAAAAUCAGAAUAAAACCAGGGACUCCUCUGGUAAACCCCAUCUGGUUUCCCCAGCUCACUUAAGAAAAGUCCCUUAACAUUUAAAAGAACAAGCUGUAUUUUUUCCUUCUCUUCUGUUGAAAGUAACAAAUUAUUAUCUUUAUUUGCGUUGCCGUUUUUAAGCUGUGUUCUUCUUAAAAAAUCCUGCUCACGAUUCUGCGGGAUUCUUUGCAUCCUGGUACAAGAAUAUGUCAUCAACUGUUCAGGAACGUGAAUUAUUGUUGUAAAUAAGAGUUGGUUCGACUUAUUUUGACAUCUUUUUACAGACUCAUUGCAUUUGGACGCAAAUAUUUGCAACUGUGAUUUCGUUGGAAGUUCUCAGAUUUUUUAUUAAGUGUAACAUUUUGUUAACUGUAAAAAAGAUUGUAUAGAUAUGGACAAAAUAGUAUUUUAUUUUAAAAAUGUACAGUUUGUGUACAUUCCUUUUUUUAUGCAAUGGCAUACUGUAUCCUCUUCUAGGAAAAGAGCGUGCAAACCAUGGGAGCGGAGUUGCAGCCAAAGAUCAUAAACUUGUGAUUAAAAAAACAAAAGCAAGGCAAAAA